AGGCAGGCGAAUAGUCAUGUAGCCCUAGGCGGGAAAACGGCGAUUCCGCUCAAAAACAUCCUCCUUGCUGCCUCGAAUACAUAAUCCGUCCUUCAAUCCUGAUUCUAAAACCCUAGAAACCCCGGCCCGAACCCUAGCCCUCACGGAAUUUCUCCAUCGGCGCGGCGGCCAAUGGAGAAUUUCGUGCACGAAGAGGAGGAGGUCGAUCAUCCCGUGCGGUAUCUUCCCAUCGGGCGUUUGUAUUCGCCCAGCCCCACCUGUAUCAACACCAGUGGAUCGUCCAAGAUAAUGUCGAAGAAGGUGAAGGCUCGGAAGGUUUUGGAGGACGAGGAUGACGAGUUGGGGAACACCGUCAUUGAUCAUGAUGGUGUAGAUACUGUGAAGCUUAAUUCUCCCGUUAAGCCGUUGCUGGUUUACAAGAGGGCGUCCAAGAAACAUCGGUCGCCCUCGGAUCAGACAUCUUUUCUUGAUAAAGUCUCACAUCGGGCUGAGUUGCAAGGUGACGGUGACUCGUCCGUGAAAGGGAAUGUGGCAUUGAGCGUGGUAGACCUUGAAAAAUCUGAACUUGGUUGUGAUCGGACUAUUGUUGGGAAAGACGCAAGGAAGAGGAAAAACUCGGUGAACUAUGAAUUGCUUAGUCUUGGGGAUGGCAUCAGAAAGAGUGCUCGAUUAAGUGGAAGUGCCAGCAGUGAAAGGACCAAUUAUGCUCAUCUUAGAAGGCGUUCUCGUGGUGAUUGCAAGGAGUCCAGAAGUCUUAGCAAGCAGAAGAAGUGGGUUGAAUUGAGCUAUCAGGGUGUCGAUCCACAUGCAUUUGUUGGUUUGGCUUGCAAGGUUUUCUGGCCUAUGGAUGACGAGUGGUACAAGGGAUCAGUGACUGCAUUUGUUUCAGCUUCCAAUCAUCAUUGUGUUGAAUAUGAAGAUGGUGAUGUUGAGAACCUUGUCCUUUUGAAUGAGAAAAUAAAGUUUCAUGUAUCCCCUGAGGAAAUGGAAUGCUUGGAUCUGAAGUUUGGAGCUCCCAAUGCAGAUAAUAAUGACCUAAAUUAUGAUGAGAUGCUAGCGUUGGCUGCGAGCUCUGACUGCCAAGAUCUUGAGCCUGGGGAUCUUGUAUGGGCGAAACUUACAGGGUAUGCUAUGUGGCCUGCACUCAUCAUGGAUGAAUCUUUAAUUGGUGGAAGAAAGGGUUUGAAGCGCACUAAAGGGGAUCGAUCAGUUCUUGUACAAUUUUUUGGAACCCAUGAUUUUGCAAGGAUCAAUUUGAAGCAGGCAAUCCCAUUUCUUAAUGGCUUACUGACUUCCCUGCAUCUCAAGUGUAAGCAGACAAGCUUCUGUCGAAGCUUGGAUGAAGCAAAGAUAUAUCUCAGCAAUCAGCAACUUCCUGAAAGAAUGCUGUUGAUGCAACAAGGCAUCGAUGCUAAAGAAUGUAGUAGUGCUUUUAAUGAGGAUGAAGAAAGGUGUGGCUCUUUUGAAGACAAUUCUGGCGAUGAAGUGAUGCAGAAAGCUGUUGAGUGCAUAAAAACUCCACUUGAUUUUGGCAAUCUUCUUCUUACCAACUUAGGAAAGGUCGUUUAUGAUUCAGAGUAUUUCCAUAACAAGCAGUAUAUCUGGCCAGAAGGGUAUACUGCAUUUAGGAAAUUUAUUUCUGUAAAAGAUCCAAGUUUAAUAGCUUCAUACAAAAUGGAAGUUCUGAGGAAUCCUAAAUUUAAAGGGCGACCAAUGUUUAGAGUAACAUUAGAUAAUGGUGAACAGAUUGAUGGACCCAAUCCAACUAUCUGUUGGGAGCAAGUUUAUUCCAGAAUAAAAAAGAUCCUAUUGUGUCAUGGUCAGCCUGCUGAAAUCGAAGGGAGUGAUUUUCAACAGUCUGGUUCUUACAUGUUUGGCUUCACGAAUCCACAGAUAUCCCAACUUAUCAAGGACUUGCCAAAUUCAAAAUUUUGCUCCAAGUACUUUGGCAGCUGUCGUGAGUUACCGGUAGGUUACAGAGCUGUUCAUGUUGAGUGGAAAGAUCUUGAUAGGUGCGGCGUUUGUCAUAUGGAUGAGGAGUAUGAAGACAACCUUUUUCUUCAGUGUGAGAAAUGUCGUGUGAUGGUUCAUGCCAGAUGCUAUGGUGAAUUAGAACCUUUAGAUGGAAUACUUUGGCUUUGCAACUUAUGCCGGCUUGGGUCUCCUAAAUAUCCACCACCAUGUUGUCUCUGUCCUGUUACAGGUGGUGUCAUGAAACCUACUACUGAUGGUCGGUGGGCUCACUUGGCUUGCGCCAUGUGGAUUCCAGAAACCUGCCUUUUGGAUGUGAAGAAGAUGGAGCCUAUUGAUGGUUUAAAUAGAAUCAAUAAGGAUAGAUGGAGACUUUUGUGUAGCAUUUGUAGUGUUUCUUAUGGAGCUUGUAUUCAGUGCUCUAAUAAGUCUUGUCGAGUGGCAUAUCAUCCUCUUUGUGCUCGUGCUGCCGGCCUUUGUGUAGAGCUUGAAGGGGAUCGUAAUCUCCAUCUUAUGGCAACGGAUGAGGAUGAUGAUAAUUGCAUUCGCCUGCUUUCAUUUUGUAAGAAGCAUAGCCAACCAUCUACUAAACAUAUUGCUAAGGAAGAAAAGCAUACAUUGCCCCCUCAAAAUGAUUCCAGCUGUCCGAUAUUCUCUUCAUCUGGUUGUGCCAGAAGUGAACCUUAUGUUUUCUCUGGGAGGGUAGUUCAGAAAGAUUCCCAGGUCUUUGCAGCGACAACAGUGAAGAGACGUUUUCUGGAGGACACACCUUAUCUGGUUUCUGGUUACUGCCAGAAUGGAAGUAGGCCUUCUUCUUUGCAUGAAUCGGCUCAAGCUCUCAGUUUGUCUGGUGUUUCAAAAUUGAGAACGCAAUCUGAAUCUUUUGGGACAAUGGCUGAAAAGUAUGAAAGUAUGAAGGAAACCUUAAGAAAAAGGUUAACAUUUGGGAAGUCAAGAAUUCAUGGUUUUGGUGUUUUUGCGAAGUGUGCACACAAGGCUGGUGACAUGGUAAUUGAGUAUACGGGAGAGCUUGUGAGGUCACCAAUUGCAGAUAUCAGAGAACAUAGUAUAUACAAUGCAUUGGUGGGUGCUGGGACAUACAUGUUCCGGAUAGAUGAUGAACGUGUCGUCGAUGCUACCAGGGCAGGAAGCAUUGCUCAUUUAAUCAACCAUUCAUGUGAACCUAACUGUUUCUCAAGGAUGAUAAGUGUGAACGGGGGUGAACAUAUCAUUAUAUUUGCAAAAAGAGAUAUUAACCAGUGGGAAGAACUGACAUAUGAUUAUAGAUAUUUUUCAACUGAUAAGCAACUGGCUUGCAAUUGUGGCUUCCCAAGAUGCCGUGGGGUUGUUAACGACAUAACUGAGGUGGAAGAGCAAGUCACCAAAAUGAGGGUACCUCAAUGCGAUGUGGUCCUACACAGUGAAAUAGAAGAAAAUAAAGAGUUUUCUGCAGUGCCACAGUGGCCAAGUACACCAUAAUGAAGCCGUAAGUUUAUCCCUAGAAUGCGGAUUUAUAUUUGUGCCCAUUUCCCUAGGAUGCCACCAGUGAGUUCGCAGAUUGCAUUGAUUUGCUUGAUCCAGCAGCAGCUUAUGCUGUCAUCAGGUGACUGAGGCCAAAAUGGUGGUAAUGCGUAGGAGAUCCUUCUUUUCUUUCAAUUAAGUGGAAAGCAAUUCAACCUGAUUCACUUUUGUCCAUUUUUAAAAUUAAAGACUCAAGUCUGACGAAUUUUCUAGUCAUUUCUAUUCUUGGGUGGAGAAAUUAGGAGAAAUGGUUGUAUAAAUGUAGAAUUCCUGAUUAUUAAAUUGAAGAAUGUUGUCAUUUUAGUUUGACACUCCCAAACUAACCGGUUGAUGUUGACAAAAUUCCAAUGCUAUUAAUGUAAAACAAAUUUUUUUUAGCUUAUACUAAAAGGCUCUAGACCUGAUGUUUUACUUUGAUUCUUAAUUAGUAUGUUUUGUUUGUGAAUUUUAACCAUGUGGAGAUCUUAGAACUGGUGCCAGCUAUGAGCAAUGGCCAGCCACACUGACUUGGAAAUAGAUGAUGGUAAUAUGAAAAAAAGGCUCUUCAGUCAAUGGUUAUUCGUCUCUGAAUGGAGAGGCUGAAAGAGUGGAAGAUGAGGAUGCGGAGAUGUAAGUGUAUAUUGCCGAGGAUGAUAUACAAGUUUUUGUACUAAGAAUUGCAUUAACUUAUAAAUCUAUGUAUUUGCUUCUCACCUUUCAAUAGCUUUUGUUGGUAUGUAAUCCUUGAACAUCAAUUACAGAGGUUGUUUAAUAAAUUUUUUUUAUGUUUUCAUUCCGGGGGGUUUUAAGAGCUUUUCCAUCUUAUGUUUUGUACAUUAUUUGCAAAAUUUGCUUAGUGGUAGCUUCAACUUAUCUGGUUCUGUAAUUUUAUUAUAUUAUA